AUGAUCAAAAAAAUAAAAAUGAUCACGAAGGAUAAAACAGUGUUACCGGUUGGAUAUAAAAGUUUUAAUAAAUUUAGAAUGAUUUGCAAGAUGAUAGAAUUACAUCCACUAGAUCAAAAUUAUGAGUUUGAAAUACCGUUUGACUCUAAGAUAUUAUUACAAGUUUGUGACUUUGCAGCUAACGAUAAUGUAAAGUUGGUUAAAAAUUACAACCCAAUCAACAUUCAUUUCAAAAAUGAUGUUGUUCAAAAACUAGAAAAUCACUCAUUUGAAACACUAGUUUCUAUACUAAGCCUUGCAAUGUAUUUGGAUUAUCCUUUUCUUUCAGAACUUAUAGGGAAGUUAAUUUCAAUAAAAUUGUCUCCUUUACCUAAAACUGAUUUACUUAAAUAUACCCAAUUUAAUGCAGAGAAGUGUGAUAAUGAAGAAUAA